GAACCGGUAGUAUAAGAAGCUAACGGAAAUAUGUGUGUUUCGAGGGAGAUAACAUGCUACAUAAAAGGUUGUUACCUUAAUCACGGGGCUGAAAAGCAGACGUUAAUGUAAUGUUGCUUGUCAUGAAUGGAUUACGAGUUACCUUGAUCACGCGGCGCUAACAGGUGUGUUAAUGAAUGGUGAUGGAGUUGUCUCAGAGGGACAGGUUGUCAGAGCUGGUGGAGCAGCUUACCACAUCAGGAGAACCCCAGCUCAACCAGGACAGGAUGAAGGAAAUCAAGAAGAUCUGCAAAGUGUCUAAUGACUGCAUCGACCAUGUGUACCACUCAGUGAUAGCUCAGCUCAACCAAGAACAUGCUGAGGUCCGACUGUCUGCCUUCCAGCUAGCCAGUGAGCUCUUCUCCAGAUCACACCACUUUAGAAUGCUGCUGGUGGACAACUUCCAGGAGUUCCUGGAGUUGACGGUAGAGACUGACUCGGAGCAGCCCCUUCCCCCUCCUAAGGAAGUAGCCAGAAAACUCAGGUCACUGGCCAUCCAGACUGUCCAAUCAUGGCAGACCUCUUAUGGGGCAGCUUAUAAGAAGUUAGCACUGGGCUACCACUUUCUCAAACAGGUUAAGAAGGUGGACUUCCAGGAUGCUGAGGCCAAGACACUAGCAGAGAGGAGGAGGGAGGAGGAGAGACAAAGGAAAAUGCAAAGAAUUUACAAGGAGAGAGUGGAGGCAGCCUCCAAAGACAUGGAUGAGUCAUACCAGGAAAUCGAGGCAACAUUGACAGAGAUGGAAUCCUGCAUGAGCCUGCUUUUCCCCGAGUUUGACAUGAUCGACAUCCAGAACACCAAUAGCAGCCCUCCCAGCUCCCGAUCAGCCAAUGAAUGUCCAUCAGUUGAGGAACAGCCCUGUUGUAGCAAAGACCUGAAGAAUGACAGGAGAGAAGGAAUGACGCAAAAGAAGGAGCAGAGCAUAGAAGAAAAGAAAAGCAAUUGGGAGGAAAAUAAUAAGGAAGAGUCGGAGGAGAGUAGUGAAGAAGAGGAGGGGGAGUCUCUUGAUGAAGACUUGUUUAUUCGGAACUCUGGGCUCAUCUCUCACGCCUACAGUCUGGACCUGAACUUCAGUCCUGGUCUUCGUGUGAAGGAGACAGAGGAUAAUGAGGCAGUGGUUUCCACUGUGAAAGACCUCCAUAGGUUGAUAACAAACAAACACCUACCAGCUCUGCAAGGCUGGGUUCAGGUCUUCACCAAGUCAGGUGCUGAGCAGCAGCUGUUAAGGCGAGCGCUGGAUCUGAAAAGCUCUCUAGAAGCUACCCUGCAGAAACACCAAGAGCUUCACAUUGAUUAUAGGACCAGCAAAGUGGCUGCUUCAGACGGAGAUGAUGAUGAUGAUGAUGAUGAUUUCAAUGAGGUUCCAGAGAAAGAGGGAUAUGAGCCGUACAUUCCAGAGCAUCUACGAGCCGAAUAUGGUCUGGAUCCAGCUCCUUCUACUUCAACAGCACCGAUCACAACGAAACCUCCUGCUCCUCGUCCUCUGUCCUGCUCCUCCUCCUCCUCUUCCUCCUCCCGGCGGCUGAAGCGACUUGCAGAGGACGAUCAGGAUCCAACAUGUGCAGCUGCCACACUGCGUCACCUCAAACAGAACCUCCCUCUGCUCCCGCUAUCCAGCAGCUCCUCAGGUCCCAGUUCAUCUCAGUCCAGCUCAGACCAGAAGGCUGUCGAUGCUCCUGUGGUUCCAUUUGGUUUGGACCUGUACUACUGGGGCCAGGAACAGCCCAAUGCUGGCAAGAUCAUCAAGAUGUCCUCUCAGCAUCAGUUCUGGGUUCCCAUUGAUGUGGACGAGGAGGUGGAGAACAAGGAGCUCCUGGCAGAGAGCAGGAGUAGAUACAUCUCCUUCCCUGGGAGCUUCACUCCUGUCAACCAUUACUGCAGUGCUCCACUGGGCAACGGAAAGCUGUGUCAGAGACAGGACCGCCUGAAGUGUCCUUUCCAUGGUCCAAUCAUUCCCAGAGAUCAGGAAGGGCAACCCUGCAGGCAAGAGGACCGACUGAGAGAGGAGCAGGAAAAGAGGAGGAAGAGGGAGGAGCAGCCUGACUGGCGUGAUGCAGAGCUGAUGCGAGACAUCGAGGCAGCAACAGGGGAAAACCUGGGAUCCGACAGGGUGGGUAAAAAAGGGAAAGGGAAGAAGAAGAAGUACCCCAACCUCAGCGACCUGAAGCAGAGUGCCAACACGGCCCGCUCCAGGCUGGAGAAAAAGGUCCUCAACAAGAGCAGCAUGCGCAGAAUAGCUGAAGUUAUGGCUAAAGCUGACACGAGAAACAUGACAAGUUCUCCAACCAAUUAACUACGCCCUCAAGUGAUAUCCAUCCAGCUAGAUGCCUUCUGGAACUGAUUGCUGCUGUUACACUUUUAAAAGAAGGAAAGAUUUGAAUGUAUUGAUGUGCACAUCCAGGGAAUCUAGUUAAGAGAUUACAAAACAAUUUCACUGCUGUUUGAUAAGCUAAACAUUAAGGAUAAAUGAAAAUACUGUAUUAAAAAUAAUAAUAUUAACAGGUGGCGAGUCGCCACUGUCCAGUAAUCUGUAGAACCCACGCUAUCUCGCCAAAGUCUGUUUCGAUGGUGGGUCUUUUCUUGCAGUAGUCCAGUGAAGUUUCCCCGAUUAUAUAAUCCACACAGUUUGAUUCUGAUCUUUACUGAACAGUCACCUGAUAAUCCUUCCCUUUGAGCCCACUAAACAUCUGUGUGCUUCAUACUCUCCUCCACGCCACUUCCCCCCCUGCUCCAUUUUAAGCAAGGAGAUGAGUCAGGUAACGGGGAAAUGAUCAAAUUGGCCCAAUUGUGCAGCUUAAUAUUACCUAUAUAUUAUCCAAAUCAAUGUUCAUUAUGUAUAACUGAUAACUGACUAAAUAUGUACUCUUGUUUUCCCCAGUAUUUUGUAGUUGAAUUUGUUGUCUGUUGGGAUUGGGUUUUUUUGAAGAUAAAAAGCCACAAAUUCAUUAAUAUAUUUUGGUACCUAAAAUAAACUGAAAAUCUCUUUCCUCCA